AAUGCCACGAUUAAUUGCAACCCAAGAUUUCAGAGAGAGAGGGAAGACAGUGACGAGGACAAAGACAGAGGAGAAGCAUAGUAUUGGGACUCCAUUAUAUCCCACGAGAAAUCAUCAGAGAUGAUGCUGUUACAGUCUCCGUCCAGAUUUCUCCUGCAGAUCUUGACAGAUCAAGUGCAAAAUAUAGAGAAAGGAGUUGAUCUGGAUUUUCAUUCUGUUGAAUUUGAUGAUGUUCGCUACCAUAUUCAGGUGUCUACGAAGUCUCCUCAAUUUGUGCUUUUAUCAAUGUCAUUACCUACUCCACCGCCAGAAACUGUUUUCUUUGAUGGGCUUCCCCUUGGAGCCAUAGAAGCUGUUAAAGCAGCAUUUGGUCAACUGGUGCAGAUUCAUGACCCUCCAAAAGAUGGGUUUAAUUUGACAAUGAAAUUCAAUUUGUCAAAACUUCCACCAGAAGAAGAUCAACAACAUGCUCUUUUGGUAAAGAUAGCAUCUGUUAGAGAAGUGGUCCUUGGAGCACCCUUAAGAUUGAUUUUAAAACAUCUUUCUUCAAGGACAGUUGCUCCUGAUGUAGAUCAGCUUGUUGCUCUUGUACAUCGGCCUAAGGAGUCCUUUUUUCUUGUACCUCAGGCAGAUAAGGUGACAGUGGUAUUUCCUAUGAGAUUCAAGGACCCCAUAGAUACUGUUCUGGCAACCUCCUUUUUGCAGGAAUUUGUGGAGGCAAGACGCACAGCUGGACUCAAUUAUGCCCCUUCUUGUUUGUGGUCUCCAACUCCUCCUUCAGAACUGCAAGCAGCUUCAGCUCAAGAAUUAUCUGCUAAUGCUGGAUUUGUUACUUUUGUUAUUUCCCCCCGCCAUGUUGAAGGCAAAAAGUUGGACAGAACUGUUUGGAACUUGUCAACAUUUCAUGCAUAUGUUAGUUAUCAUGUAAAGUGUUCUGAAGGUUUCAUGCAUACCCGAAUGAGACGUCGAGUGGAGUCAUUGAUUCUUGCCCUGGAUCGUGCAAAACCAGACAUGGAUAAGUCAAAGAAAAGCACAAGAAUCAAAGCCUUCAAAAAACUGACACUUGGGGACUCGCGUGGUAAUUCAAAUUCGUAAGGUGGCGUUGCAUGCUUUUGAGGGUUUCAGAACUGCUAGGACGGAAGAUGGAAUUUUCAGGGUUUGCAGUCUUGGAAUGGAUUUGUGCGCGUGUUUUUCUCAUUUAGUGCUAGGUGGGUGUAAGAGCAAUGGGCGGAACUAUUUCACUGCCGGAAGAGGUCCUCAUUCUAGACUCUACAUUGUAUCCAUCAUUUCAUUGCAGUCAAAACAACCAUUGAACGCAAUCUGAUUUUCACUAGCUGAUUUUGUAAGUAUUGCAUCAUCAUCUUCAUCCAUACCUUAUUCCAACCAUAUGGAGUUGGCUAUUUGGCCAUUCUAUUCUGUUUAAUGCCAUGUCCAUUGAUGAAUUAUUUACUCUCAAAUCAUUUUUUACUGCUUGGACC